AGUCCUUCACGAUUGAUUUUUCAGGAACACGCGCGCCAGGCGCCUGCCGGCAUAUACUAAAGAGAGAACGGGCGCCUUCUCUGCUGAGAGAUAACUAACUAGCUUCUGAUUUUGCCAGAUAGCCAAUCCGGUAUUCUUUGAGCCGACAUCAACUACUUCACUCACAAGAGAACUCCAGGCAGCGGUCGUCGACAGUCAUGACCUCCUCAUAUCCUUACACACCUACAACAUUUCGGACAACCGUGAACCCGCGCCCGUGGGCGCCAUUUCACCCUCAUGAAGGGCACGUCGAGGUCCCGCCCCUGCCCUUCAAGCCCAGGUCCGAUAGCUUACUUGGCAUUUACAAUAUCAGCACGCAUAUCAUACCUGCAGCCUAUCCCAGAGUCACCCCGGAUAUUCCAGUUCCCCAACCGCCUCCUCGCUCUUCGAAAAGAGACGAGGGAAGUAUCAAGAAACUGGGACUUGAACUCAUGGAACAACAGCUCCGGCAAUCGGAGGAUGGCUAUUCCGCGGUCACAGACGAAAGGCCGCUUUGGAAUUGUGUCAACCGAUAUGUGAAAAAGGACAAGGAGACCAACGCCAAAUCGAAAGGUAUCACCUUGUUCCUUGUGCAUGCAACGGGCUUUCCGAAGGAAAUAUGGGAGACCACUCUGUGUUAUCUGCUACCUGCUUGUGGUGUCAUAGACGAGAUAUGGUCAUGGGAGUCGGUGCAACAUGGGGACUCUGCUCUGCUAAACAGACGGAAUCUUAAUGGUAGCUUUGAUUGGACUGACAAUGCGAGAGACAUUGCCAACUUUCUCAUCAACUACAUGCCAGAAGAGGUAGAAACAUCUGCUCUACCUAUUCAACUUCAUCGACUUCCUGCAUCAGUUGGUGAAUCACGUCAAAAGAAUGGGUUCUCCUCCAGGACCACAGUCGCAGCAGGACACUCGUUCGGAGGUUGUUCAGUAACCUUAGCCGCGUUGAAUUUCCCGGCCUUGUUUUCCUCGAUGGUCCUCCUUGAUGCGAUGAUCGAUACAUUCCAAGAAUUUACAUGGGAGCCCACGCAGCGCAUGGUUGGGGCUACAUUGCUAAGGCGCGAACAAUGGCCAUCACGGGAGGACGCCUUGCGUUCAUUCAAAUCUUCACCCAUGAUCUCUGCUUGGCAUCCUGACGUACUUCGGCUUUAUGUCGAUUACGGACUGUACGACGACGAAGGUGGAUACGUCAGAUUGAAAACGCCUCCCAUUCACGAGGCUCUUGUCCUUGCGAACCCACGAGCUGGCCGCGAAACCUGGGAGUUAAUGGAAAACCUUGACGAGAAAAUUGAGCUCCUGUGGAUUCUCCCCGGAAAAGAAAGCCCCGACGUAUCAAUGUUAUUGGAAGUGAGGAAGCAGCGUGCUUGGCGCAGACCUGCAAAUUCAUCUAACAUUAUCUUGAAGUCAUCUGGCCAUCUCAUUCCUCAGGAGUCUCCAGAGGAGCUUGCGCGAGUUAUGGCCGACUUUCUGCACAAGAAAUACGAUAUUUCCCCAAUAAAGCACAAGCUUUAAAAUUGUGGAUAUGAACGGGUGUUGAGCGACAUAACAUACCUGGAAACCUUGGCAAUGACUCCGGCGAGCCUAUAUUGAUGAGACGAGUGUAUGAGAGAGAGAGAGAACUUCUAUAUUUAUAUACCGCAACAAACAAAGUAAACUGUUAAGACGCGGUGCCCUGUUGGGGAUGUACUGGGGAAUAUUGUAACAGGGUAAGGGGUGUAAGUAUAGUACGAAUAGCCAAUCGGUCCACGUUUGAGAA